UCGUCAACACAUAUGCCAGUGUGCAAUAUGGAUAUGUCAACAUGCAUAUGUCAACAUGCUAUGUCAACAUGCAUAUGCAUAUGGGAAUUUGCGUAUGUCAGUGUGCAAUAUGUAUAUACCUCAACUGACAACAAUAAUUAUGCAUAAUUAUGCCAGUGUAGGCAUUUUUUUAUGAAAAUAUUUGCUGGCAAUGUAACAUCCACAUGGUCUGGAUUUUAAAUAAAGCACAGCAUCAUCAUCAUGGCUGACAAAAUUAGCAGAGCAAACAGCCUCUUAAAAGAGGCUGCAGAGCUAUUGAACCCUACUGAUGAAGAUUCACCUCCAGGUCCAUCUACUGCAUCUACUGCAUCUAGGCCUACCGGUACCGGCAGCUCGUCUGUCAUAUCUAGUGUUUUCAAUGUCCAAGAGUUCAUGCCAAGGGCAACUGGCAGAAGAAGAAACGCUGGAAGCACCCCUUACGAGAAAAAGGGUCGAGCUGGAAUGACAUGGACACACAAAUUCGUAUGUCUUGGUCAAACUGCUGUUGAAAGUGUGCCAAAUCCUCAAGAUAAGUAUACACUGAAACAAGCUGACCUCGGUGAGAAGAAACUUGUGUUCAAGCUAAACGGGGAUUAUGUUCAUCUUAAAGAAGUGAUUUUGCAAUCAUUUCCGUUAUUGGUUAAGGCUGGUGGCUUUGAGCUACACCGAACAGACGGCCCAUACUCCAGGGCAUUGAUCCCAAUAGAACAGAAGUUCUUCACCUCAGUUGCUAAACUCAAGUCGUAUGUGGUGCAAGCAAGGGUGUACAUUCGCCCAGUUCAAGCUGACAUUAUGGACAUUUUCGGCUUACCAUGUGAGACUGGAGAGGGUACAGAACCCAAAGAGAGGUGCUUGGAAUGCGGAAAAGAAGUGGAAAUCUCUUACUUAAAAACACAUAUUGAAGUGUGCAAAGAAGCAAGCGCCUUGUGCAAAAAAGAGAAGGAAAAGGGAAAGGAUUCUGAUUCUUGUGACAGCCUGCCCCCUACACCACCAACAUUGGCUGAAUUGCUACGGUCAUCAGCAAGGAAUGCAAUCCGCUCUGGGCAGCCUGACCAGACCCCUACACCUCCAACAUCAUCAGCAUGUUCAACAACCCGCUCUGGUCGUUUUGCAUCGGCAUACAUCAAUCUCCUUGAGGAAGGCCUCCCUGACCCUACACCUCCAACAUUGGCUGAAACAUCAGCUUGUUCAACAACCCGCUCUGAGCAGCCUGUUCGUUUUUCAUCCACUGGUUAUUCGGCAUACGUCGAUCUCCUCGAGGAAGACCUCCCUGCCGAAUACGAGCCGGAACUACAGAUGGCCUUAGAAGCUAGUCUUGCUACUGCUGAAAGAGAUUUUUCAAUGCAAGAAGUUGACACCCCUGAAAUAGUCAAGCAACAUGUCUCAGAACUGAACAUUAAAUGUGGAGUUGAAGACCCACACCAACAGCUAACUGUGCGACGUAAGCACCUCUGGGAGGACAUCAAACGGUGUUUUUCGAAGCCCUACACAAAUGUGUUACUGCCACUACGAGUCACCUUUGUCGGUGAAUCUGGAGCUGAUGAAGGUGGACCCAAACGAGAAUUCUUUCGACUUGCAUUGGAGUCUUGUAUUGGUAAUUCAUCCUUGUUCACUGGUUCCACAUACGAAAAAGUGCUCUUGCAUAAUACCACUGCUCUCCUCCAAAAGCAUUAUAAAUAUGUUGGGCACAUUUGUGCAAUGUCCAUAGUGCAAGGUGGACCUGGACCCAUGUGUUUUUCAAGUUGGGUAUAUGAUUAUUUAGCCGAAGGGUUGGACGGUGUGGUGAUCAAUGUCAGUGAUGUACUUGUUGAUUCAGUGAAAGAUUUUUUGGGAAAGGUUGCACUGACUACUGACGUCACCACCCUUCGUGAGCUCUUGCGUGAAGAUCCAGCUGAUGUUGUUUUUGAGUGUGGGUUCUCGAAACCUAUCACACAAGUGUCCUUAGAAGAUGUCCCAAUGUUGCACAAGGCGAUAGCCAUCAAUUCGUGUUUGGUGCCAAUCAAAGCCGAGUUGGAUCAAAUGAAAGAAGGUUUGCGUCUAUUUAACGUUGACGGACUCCUCAAGAAAUAUCCAGCCAAGAUGAAGAAGCUGUUUGUGGUAUGUGGCUCACCAGCUCGCCUUUCUCUAGCGGAGUUUAUGGCACUCACUGAGUAUAACUACUCCGUCAAUGGUUCAAAUGACAGAGAGGCAGAAGAGUCUACCACUAUGAACUGGGUUGAAUUUCUGGCGGAAAUAGAAAAUGGACUAGCAGUGUGCACCGUUCAUUCUAUUGAUGGAGGGAAUGAGGAACACACACUCAGCUUGGAAGAUAUACUUGUUUUUGCAACUGGAGCUGACCGAGUUCCUCCAAUGGGCUUCCAUAAAAUGGUGACGAUCGAUUUUGACCGAUCAAACAUAUUCCCUACUGCCUCCACUUGUUCUCUGACGAUGUACCUGCCCAUGGCCACUACUAUGAUGUCUUAUGACCAAUUUAAAACUGGCAUGAUUGAAGGACUAGUAAGCGGUUUUGGUUUUGGACAAGCCUAACUGUUCAUAGUUGAAGAACCACUUCUGUUUUUCAUUUGGUUGCAAUCACGUAUUUUAAUCACUGUGAGAACCACUUCAUUUUGAUUGCAGAACCACUUUUGUUUUUUUCUUUUUCAUUGGUUGCAAUCACGUAUUUUAAUCACUGUGAGAGCCACUUCAUUUUGAUUGCAGAACCACUUUUGUUUUUUCAUUCAUUGAUUAUAAAAAUAAAAUAAACAAUCUCAAACUAGUAUAUCAAUAGCUUGUCGAUACAAAUUUAUACCAUAGUUGGAAUCAUCUCCAGUAGGAUCAAUAUUGCACCGACGU